CGUCAGUGGGGAGUUAAUUUUAAAUCGGUACAAGAUGGCGGAGGGGGACGAGGCAGCGCGGAGGCAGCAGUCGCACGAGGGGCUGCGGCGCCGGAGGCGAACCAGCGACCCAAACACCGGCGUUAACCACGUCUCGUCCACAACCCUCCUAGGUGAGAAUUAUGAAGAUGAUGACCUAGUAAACUCUGAUGAGGUUAUGAAGAAACCAUGUCCAGUACAGAUUGUUCUUGCUCAUGAAGAUGACCAUAACUUUGAGCUUGAUGAAGAAGCUUUGGAGCAGAUAUUGCUACAGGAGCACAUACGAGAUCUUAACAUAGUAGUGGUAUCCGUGGCAGGAGCUUUUCGUAAAGGGAAAUCAUUUCUACUGGACUUCAUGCUUAGAUAUAUGUAUAACAAGGAUUCUCAAAGUUGGAUUGGUGGAAACAAUGAACCAUUGACUGGCUUUACAUGGCGAGGUGGUUGUGAAAGAGAAACAACAGGCAUACAAGUCUGGAAUGAAGUGUUUGUGAUCGACAGACCUAAUGGAACAAAAGUGGCUGUGCUGCUAAUGGAUACCCAGGGUGCCUUUGAUAGCCAGUCAACUAUCAAAGAUUGUGCAACAGUGUUUGCUCUGAGCACUAUGACUAGCUCUGUCCAGGUGUAUAAUUUGUCUCAAAAUAUUCAAGAAGAUGAUCUUCAACACUUGCAAUUGUUUACAGAAUAUGGCAGACUUGCUAUGGAAGAAAUCUACCAGAAGCCAUUUCAGACAUUAAUGUUUUUGAUUCGAGACUGGAGUUAUCCUUAUGAACAUUCAUAUGGUUUGGAAGGUGGAAAACAAUUCCUUGAAAAGAGAUUGCAGGUAAAACAAAAUCAACAUGAAGAGCUACAGAAUGUAAGGAAGCACAUUCACAAUUGUUUCUCAAAUCUUGGUUGCUUCCUUUUGCCACAUCCUGGUCUUAAAGUUGCAACUAAUCCUAGUUUUGAUGGGAGAUUGAAAGAUAUUGAUGAAGAGUUUAAACGAGAGCUUCGAAAUCUGGUUCCAUUGCUGCUUGCCCCAGAAAAUUUGGUAGAAAAAGAGAUAAGUGGAUCUAAAGUCACUUGUAGAGAUCUUGUAGAAUACUUUAAGGCUUACAUUAAAAUUUAUCAAGGAGAGGAACUUCCACAUCCAAAGUCCAUGCUUCAGGCAACAGCUGAAGCUAAUAAUCUUGCUGCAGUAGCAGGAGCAAGAGAGAUCUAUUGCAAAAGUAUGGAGCAGGUAUGUGGUGGGGACAAGCCUUACAUUGCACCUUCAGAUCUGGAGCGAAGACACCUGGAUCUCAAGGAAGUGGCGAUUAAACAGUUUCGUUCAGUAAAAAAAAUGGGAGGAGAUGAAUUCUGCCGUCGUUAUCAGGACCAGCUUGAGGCUGAAAUAGAAGAAACCUAUGCAAAUUUUAUAAAGCACAAUGAUGGCAAAAAUAUCUUCUAUGCUGCUCGUACCCCUGCCACACUGUUUGCAGUCAUGUUUGCUAUGUAUAUAAUCUCAGGACUGACUGGCUUCGUUGGCCUAAACUCUAUAGCCGUCUUGUGUAACCUUGUCAUGGGGUUAGCACUGACGUCUCUUUGUACUUGGGCAUAUGUUAAAUACUCUGGGGAGUUCAGAGAAAUUGGAACAAUGAUUGAUCAGAUUGCUGAAACACUAUGGGAACAGGUAUUGAAGCCCCUGGGUGAUAAUUUGAUGGAGGAAAACAUAAGGCAGUCUGUAACAAACUCUAUCAAAGCAGGCCUGACUGACCAGGUGUCUCAUCAUGCCAGAUUAAAGACAGACUGACAGUUCAUCUACUCAUGGACUCCACUCUUUUUUUCACGCUUGCUGUACAAUGAGAACUCAAAUAAAAAUAAACCAAAGUUUACAAUCAACUGUAGAAGUAGUUUAGUAUAACUGGCUUCACAGAUGGCUGCCACAGAGUGUGAAAUUGUUUGUUGGUUUUAAGCAUUCUGUUCAUGGCUCCUAAGGCAUGAAGAUGGGCCGAGGAGCAUUAGUUUUCAUGCACACUUGUACCAUGUUUAAUUCUUUUUUUUCCCUUUUUACUUAAUCUAAUGUUAGUGAAAUUUGUCUUAUGUAAAGGAUAUUUCAGGGAAAUAUUUUAAGAAAUCUAUUUAGAGUCUCUUUAACACAGUGUCCCAUUGAAAUUUUAAUUUUUAGAGAAGUUAUGAAUCACUGUAUCAAGAAUCAGUUUGGAAUGACAAUGAAGCCUUUAUUGAGCCACGACAUUAAAAGUAUAUAUUGCUUUACUGCCUUCAAUACCAGUAUUACAUAAAUGCAUGUAUCAGAAACUUCACAGAAAUUACAUGACAACUCUUGUAGCUAAGAAAGUGAUUCUGAGGUGUACAUUUGUCUUGCCUUUUAAAAUUUAUAAACCUGCCCUAAAAGGAGAUGCAUAUCUGGGAAACUGAACUGUCUUUAUGCAGUUUAGCCUUCAUGUACAUAAAAUAUGCCGUUAAUUUAUUGGGGGAGAAAUUCCAUCCAAAAAUGUUGCCUACAGCUAUGAGUUAAGAGUGUCUAUACAGUGUGUAGCUUUUAUUUUCUAAAAUCACAGGUAGGGCAUGUAUAUGAAUUAUAAAUAUAUAAAUACGAUUUUGUAUUAAAAGUUUUGUAGUUUAUGACAAAAUCUGGUUCUGUGGUAGGCUAAUGAGUACAGUCCCUGUGAAGGAAUGUUUGUGGCUCAUGUCAGUGUGUGAAUGCAUAGACAAUUUGAAGUUUUUGAUAUAUUUGUGAUAUUUAUCUUCUUGAGCACUGCAAUCUCACCACCCUCCCCCCCACCCCCUCCCCCCAAGGGAAUUCAAUGGGAAUGUUUAUUGUGACUUUGUCCUCUGUUGCAUUUUAAAGUUCCUUCCUGUAAUUUAUUUUCAGUACAUAAUUAAAAAUUUGUAUAUAUAUA